UGUCUGAAUUCUUAUCUUCAUCCUUCACCGCAAAGAUGUUCAGACAGAUGUCAAUGGCGUCGAUGAAGCUUAGCCUCCUCCUCGCUCUUGCCCCGUCUACCCUCGCCCAUCUCGAAUCUCCCAAAUUCCCGGGCUAUGGCUUCGCCUGGUACACCCCCGUCUGCGGAUUCGCUUGCAGCGGCGCCAUCUCUAGCGCACCGCUCUCCUGUACCGAUGCUACGACAGGCACCACAUCCCCCUCAUGCCUCGCCAGCGACACCGCGUAUCUGACGACCUUGGCGUAUUGCAUGAACUCCACAUGCGAUCCGAUAGAGACGCCGGUAUGGAAGCGCGAAGAGUACUGGAUGAUGAAGAUGACGGGCGAUAUGUCGGUCAUGCCUAAGUGGACUUACUCGGAAGCGUUGGCGGAGGUAAAUGAGAUGCCGAUAGUGGUGUUUAACUCGAGUGAGAAGGGGGUUUUGAAUGAGACUGUGCUGAUCAGCAAAGAGGACUAUGAGGUCCAGGCCAGAUUCGACAGGAUGUUUGAUCAUCUGGAGAUGCUGCAGGCGAGAUACAUCUUUGUUCUCGUCACAAUCGGCUUCGGAACUCCCAUAUUUUUCACCCUCCUGGCCCGGCUCCCAUACAUGACCGGCAUCAUCGACAGGCUUAAGCCAUACUUGGUGUAUCCCUCCCUCAUUGGAACCUACCACAUCCGCCCUCUACCUUGGCUGCUCGGCAACGCGCCCACAGUUGGGCAAGCCUUGUAUAUCGCCAUGUUCUUCAUCCUCAACCUGGUUCUAACCUCGGUCAACUACCGCCGCUCGCCACCGGGUGAGAUGCCCUGGGGUUUCGGCCCCAAAGAGGAGAUCCUGGCCUACAUAGGAUACCGCACAGGGCAUAUCGGAUACGCGUUGCUGCCUCUCGUCAUCCUCUUCUCUACCCGAAACAACUUCCUGCUCUGGGUAACCAACUGGUCGCACUCGACGUACAUGCUCCUGCACCGCUGGGUGGCCCGCAUCUUUGCUAUUCAGGCUAUCGUGCACAGCAUUACGUUGCUGCUUACUUAUCAGGGCACCGGCAGCUACUCGAUGCAGUCGAAGAUGCCAUACUGGCAGUGGGGCAUCGUCGCCACGGUCCUCACUUGCGCGAUGUUGAUCCUCAGCCAUUUGUACUUCCGACGCCUCGCAUACGAAUUCUUCCUCAUCCUGCACAUCCUUCUCGCUGUCUUUGUCAUCGUCGGCUGCUGGUAUCAUGUCAUCCUGAUGUGGGGCUACAAUUUCUACGACAACUGGCUGUACGCCGCCAUCGCGGUGUGGUUCUUCGACCGUCUGGUCCGGGUGCUCCGCGUUGCCAAGAAUGGUGUCCGCCGCGCCGUUGUGACCGAAAUAGGGGAACACUAUGUGCGCGUCGAUAUCGAAGGCGUAAGGUGGGCCAACAGGCCGGGAUACGCAGCAUAUGCGUUUUUCCCUACACUGAAUCCCCUGCGACCGUGGGAGAAUCAUCCAUUCUCGAUCAACUCGACAAGCGUAUUCCGCAGCUAUAAGCAUGCGCUUGCGCCGGCGUCCACGUCCCUGGCACACUCCUCGUCCGACGAUGGCCGCGAUAUCGAGAAGCCGAGCGGGAAAGUACCGGCUACCAGCGCCAUGCAAGCCGUUGAUUCGACAGUGGGCACAUCGGGUGUAACACUGAUUAUCAAGAAGAAUGCCGGUUUGACGAGGCUGUUGAAGUCGACUAAUCGGCUGCUGACACUCCUUGAUGGCCCGUACCCACAGACACCUUACGCAGAUAUCCUGACAUGCGAUCGCGUGGUGUUAAUCGGUGGUGGUGUGGGAAUUACGGGUCUGCUGGCAUGGAUCCAUGCUCAUCCAAAUAUCAAACUGGCGUGGAGCGUCCGGUCGAGCGCUGAGGCGCUAUGCAGAGAGAUGGACACUGUCUUGAAGGAUGUGGCGGACAAGGAAGUCGUGAUUGGUGAGCGCUUAAAUAUCGACACUUUGCUAAGGACAGAGGCACAAGCUGGGUAUAAGAAAGUCGGCGUGGUUGUAUGUGGUCCGGCGGGGAUGUGUGAUGACGUGCGAGCCAAAGUAUCCGGGCUGGGAAGAGGUGGCACAAUGUUUGAAUUGGAGGUGGAUUCCUUCUCUUGGUAAUUUGAGCUGGCUUCGGCACCUUGCAGCUGUGUGAGGAGAAUGAACGCUUCGCGUCUUCCAGGUUCUCUUACAGUGAGACGUUUUCGUGUGACCAUAGCGUAGCCUAGAUAUCUCGAUUAUUCCCGUAGUGCAUCUAUCACCCCUAUCGAGCGAGAUUGGAUAAUGUAGAGAGUACAAAGAGGGGAACGAAUUGAUAGAGGAAGAGGUGUGGAGGAAGUCGGAAGGAUGAACGAGCGGAGUGAAAGCGAAACGCGCUAACCGGAAACGUACUAGCACCAAAGUCUUGAC